AUGACUGCCACAACCCAUGCGUCAUUCGGCGAGAACACGGAAGGCUUGGAAGUAGCCAAAGCCUUUGGUGAAAACAUCCGCGGGAAGACAAUCCUCGUCACCGGAGUCAACCGUGCCGGCGUUGGAUUUACGACUGCACAGGCUUUCGCAUCGCAAGCUCCUGCUCGUGUUAUCAUCAGCGGCCGCACCCCAUCUAAACUGCAGGAAUCGAUCGACGCUCUCAAGCAAGACUAUCCGGAUGUUGAAUACCGCACUCUCCAAAUGGACCUAGCCAGCCAGAAGGGCGUCCGCGCCGCUGCAGCUGAGCUCUUGUCAUGGUCCGACGUACCGGCAGUCGAUAUUGUCGUCAACAAUGCCGGCAUCAUGAACCUGCCGGAGCGUACUAUCAACGAAGACGGGCUUGAAAUGACCUGGGCAACCAAUCAUUUGGGGCACUUUCUCUUCACAUGCCUCAUAAUGCCCAAGAUUCUGAAGGCUGCAGGACAGAACCCCAAAGGUGCAACGCGGAUUAUCAAUGUCACCUCAGGCUCCCCCAUCAUGGCAGUUCCGCGUUUCAGCGAUGUCAAUUUCGAGACGGUCAACAAGGACCUCCCGGAAGAGGAGCAGCCCAUGUACCAACUGUUAGAAGCUUGGGGCUACACUGACACGCAGAACAAGGCCUACGUUGGUAUCGAGGCCUACAACCAAAGCAAAGUUGCAAAUGUGCUUUUCAGUGUUGGCUUGAAUCAUCGACUGUUUGAGAGGCACGGCAUCUUGAGUCUUGCUGUCCAUCCGGGAGUUCUGAAGACCGAGCUCUCACGUGCCGCCGUUCCUGAGGUCACGGCUGCUAUCAAGAAGAUGUUCGAGCAGAAAGUGUUUACCUGGCGCUCUCAGGGAGCUGGUGCUUCUACGAGCCUCACUGCAGCUACCGACCCGAAGCUGAGCCUUCCUGUCACGGAUCCGGGGCGGGAGGAUGGCAAGGAGAAUGUCGGAGUAUUCCUCAUGGAUUGCCAGAUCACCGACAAGGCUAGAGCCCCCAGUACAUCGAGUGCGAACGCUGAAAAGCUUUGGGAGAUCUCAGAGGGAUAUGUCAAGGAGAAGUUUGCGUGGUAG